UUAAUCGUUGCUGUAUUGGCAUUAGGUAUUAAGACCAAAACAAACAAUUUUAUUUAUUUUUUUUAAAGAUGUCUCGUCCUUUGUUUCAUCGCAAUGGUUGCUGGGACCCUCUUCACGAGCAGCCACAAAAGGCUCUUUUCAGCAAAAGCACAGAGCUCCCUCGUUUUCUUGAACCUGAUGAGGUUAGCUGGAUAGAAUCAGCCAGGAGGAGACUGGGGACAUCAAGUUGGCCAGGAUCGAUGCAGUUACCUCUCUUCAGCUCAUUGUGCAAAGAGACUCCAUCUAAAUCAUGUACUGGAUCCGAAGGACACAUUUCUGAUGCUGUGUGUGAACAAAUGAUAGGAGACCAAGACUGGAAAGUGUGUCUUGAUGUCGGUCCUUUUUCUCCAGAAGAGAUGAGCAUCAAAACCAGGGAUGGAUACUUGGAGAUAACAGGUAAUCAUGAGGAAAGGCAGGAAAAUCACAGGCUGAUCUCAAGAAGCUUUGCAAGAAAAUACAAGCUUCCGGCUGGCUUAGACCUAAAACAGAUCAGCUCCAUGCUGUCUCCAGAUGGCGUUCUCUCAGUUGAAGCUCCAUUAACUGGCUCUAAUAUCAGUCUCCCAGGAGAGAUUGUCAUCCCUAUUCACAUGAUGGACAAACAGUUACCUGCAAAAACGGAUGAACUAUGCCUCACCAGUAACCAGAGACUUUCAGACUCUCAGUAGUUACUGGGUAUACAUAAUCAGUGUGAUUUUUAACAAAUGUACAGCUUUGGACGUACAGAUCACUUUAAAGUUGUUGUUAAUAAUAGGUAUUAGUAAAAUGUCAGAUAUCAAAAUAUGAAUCUAAUAAUUUUGCAUGUUUGCAGACAAUGAAAAUGGGUCAAUAUUAAACAGUCCAUGUUUUCAGACCUUGAGUAUUCAGCAUUAAUUUUUUUUUUUCAAGAUACGUUAUCAGUUGUUUAAAUUCAACAAAUGCUAAUUAAUGGCAAAUCUAGAAAACUACUUUGAGGUGAUCUUGUAAUUCUCCUAAACUUGAAUAUUGAAAAUUAAUGAAUGUGUUCUCAACUUUUUGUUUUUGAUUGUUAACUUUGGAAGCAUUUGUAAAUACUGGCUUGGAAAGAGAAUAAUUACCAUUAUAAAAAUAGCAGGCAUUACUAACCAAUGAUAAUAGGCUGAAUUGAUGAGAUUUGCCAUUUUGUUUGAAGACUUAUGAAUAAUGUACUUCAUGCUGUUUAUGUAUAAAAAUAUUUCAAAGAUGAUCACUCCUAUGUAACCAGUGCUGACAGUCUAAAAAAAGAAGAGCGAGCUUUUCAUAGAUCCUCAAUUCUCAUGCUAGAAUGAUAUAUUUAGGAAAGGCAUCAAAAUGGGGCUUGUGUUGUAUAAUGCCAGGACAAUCUUUUUGCUUAAGCAAAAAUAUUUUGAUGAAUCUGUUACUUAGUCUUGUAAAUUAAAAUAAACCAGAACUGUUUUGAGAAAUUGUGAGAGGAUCACCUUAAUUUACCUACUUACUGUUCAUGUAGCCUGGUAAAGUUUCAGUCCACAUCCUGUAGAUGGUGCUGGUAUUUAAAGCAUGCAGCUGACAACAGGUUUUCUGUGUUCGUUCUGCUCGUGUUGCAGAUCAAUGACACACUUCUGAAACCCAAAGCCUUCCUUUAGUUUCCUUCUUUGGGUGAUCAGACGUAUAGAGGCAGGUUUCUCCUUACCAGCACAGUUGUACCAUGACUAUUUCCAUACAUGUUCCACAGCUUUCAUCACAUUACUCUGUAGUCAUCAAAUGAUGUGUCUGUUACCCUAUGCUUGUAGGCAGUGAUGGGCAAAAAUACCUUGAAAUGUAUUAUAAAGUAAAAUAUCAAAUACCUCAAAUUUAAAUGUUUCAAAAUAAACUACAAAUUACAGCAGCCACUAAAUAUAAAAAAAUAAAACACUAUUUUGAAAAUGCUACAGAAAGCGUACUUUUACAAGAAAGCAUUACAUUUCCUUGCAAACCUUCGAAUAUUCGAUCAGUCCUUUCACCAUUAAACUGACUCGGUGAAGUAAACAAUGUUUGACCGCAAUAGCGUUUCUCUGAGCAAUUUUGAUUAGCUACUCUGCCAACUCAUUCACCUCUACUUCUCUACGUGAGUAGGUAUUUAUAAACUUGUUUCUUUCAUUUUAGUAUACAUUUUGUAGAAAUUUCAUACAGAAAGUCCUGCCUUGAAGAGGUUUAAUUAUUGUAAAAACCAUGUAAUGCAGAUAUCGAGUUGGAAUAUAGCACUAUAUCUCUUUGUGUUUCCAUCCAUGGUGUGGCCAGUAAAAUUGCCACAAUCUCUUAACGCUCUUAUAUUUUGU